ACGACUAUUAAGUUAUGUCAUGAAGUAUUAACGGGACCAGAUCUACUAAAUCCACUGUUUGGUGUGUUACUCAGGUUCAGACAAGGACGUAUAGCACUAUGCUCAGACAUUAAAGACAUGUUCCUGCAGAUGCGAGUAGUAGAAGAAGACCUUCCAGCACUACGGUUCCUAUUCAGAGAUUCGAAAGAUGAAGAGCCAAGUGUAUACCAAUGUUUAAGAAGACCUUUUGGUGAACGCUCAGCACCCACCUGCGCCAAUUACAUAAUGAAACGAAAUGCGGAGGACUUUCAACAGCAAUACCCAACAGCCGCUGAAGCUGUGAGAAAGAAUCUCUAUGUCGAUGAUUCACUGAAUUCGCUAGACGAUGAAGACGAAGCCGUUGCCUUACGUCAAGAACUAACCGAGCUUAUGAAACACGGUGGUUUCACUCUCACGAAAUGGUUAAGCAAUAGCCAAACUGUGAUGAAAGAGAUCCCAGAAUCUGACAAAGUUCCAACGAAGGAAGUGAAACUUGGUGACUUACCGACAUCCCAAGCUCUUGGUGUGCAUUACAACGCUCAGACGGACAGCCUGCACCUAUCAGCUCCAAAGAAACCUCCAGCCAAGACACCACGGGAGAUCCUAAGUCGCAUUGCCUCAGUCUGGGACCCACAUGGAUGGCUAAGCCCGUUCACAAUUCGAGGACGAGUACUUCAGCAGCAACUCUGUUUGGAGGAAGUAGGAUGGGAUACCGAGAUUCCAGAGGACCAGCUCAGAGAGUGGAAAAAAUGGGAAGACGAAGUCCAGGCAGUCGAAAGCAUCAUAGUUCCUAGAUGCUUGAGAUCCUCUGAUGACACCCCAAGUGAGGUACAACUACAUGUAUUUUCCGAUAGUUCGAAACAAGCAAAAUAUGCCGCAGGUUAUCUACGCUUUUCCUAUCCUAAUGGCAACGUACAUUGUUCCCUCGUCGCCGCCAGAUCGAGAGUCGCCCCCAAGAAGAGAAUGACCAUACCACGCCUGGAAUUAGACGCAGCUUGCAUGGCGGUAAAGUUGGCACUCACGUUGAUUGAGGAACUAGAUUAUCACAUUACAGCGGUGACAUUCUGGAUUGAUUCUAUGGUCGUGCUUCACUGGAUUCAUCAACCCAGCAACAGGUAUCGCGAUUAUGUUGCUCAUAGAAUCGUUGAUAUUGGAGAAGAUCUCAAGAAGUUAGAAGCAGAUGGUUAA